GAGCUAUUGAAUAUACAGGUUUCUUUUCCAAUUUAUGAGUUGCAAGGAAUUGCAUACUCAAGUGUUAGUCUUUGUAUAACGGUGCCUUUAUACGUUAACCAGGAGACCCUAAUUAAAUAUAUAUUCUGGGAGAGCAGACCUGCAUGCAAGGAGGAUGGUUAAAGAGGGGCAUUUGCGAAAUAAAAGCUGCUGCCUUGAAAAAUUUAUGGUAAUUGAUGCGACCCAAAGACUACGGCUUCUCUUUUGAUGCUCGUUCAUAAUGAGGCAUAAAAUUCAUGUAGAGACUACUGAUAAUAUCAAAUCCCUCAUCACCAAGAACAAAUCCAAGAAAAAAGCCCGCUUUUAUUUCAACUCAGCAACAGCCAGGACAAUCAUUGCACUUCUCCAUAAGGAAUACGUCCCUUUAUUGAGUUUUUAUGAAAACUAUCAUUUACUAAAGAGACGUAAAAUGUCCAUCAUUACCGACCAAAAAGAACAACAACAGCAAUCACAGCAGCAAAUAAAAUCAUCAUUAGAGCAGUCCAAUAAACAGACUGACAGCACUGAUUCCUCUAUUUAUCAAACUGAAGGCAGCACCAAAUCUGUUCACUCAUUCCGUUUAUUAGAUACCACGAAAGAAACAGAUUCAGAUAAAGAUCUCAUCAUUCAUUCUCUCAACGAGUCACUUCACAUUCAUAAGGAGAUUUUAGAACGUAUACAAAACGAAAAAGAGCAAUAUCAAUUGAAAAUAGAAAAAGAACGAGAAAAGGAACAAGAGGAGUUUAAGAGUUGGAGACAGAAAUCCGAACAGGGACUAGAAGAACAAAACAAAAAAUGCGAGGAAUUAGAAGAGAACAUACAGCAACUGCAAAAAGAGUUGGAAUACAAGAAGGAAGAGUAUAAGAAAUUAGAAGUGAACUUUUAUUCUUAUGUUAAGCAAAUACGUGUUACCGAUGAUGAUUUAUCCACGAUUCAGCCUGAAAUAUCUCAUUUAACGAAUCAAUUGAAUAAUACAUGUAUGGGUUUGAAGUCAAAGAUGGAUCGCCAAGCAGGCACACAAUUCGUGUUUGAGCAAUACCCUGAUAAAAUAGAUGAUAUAAAGAAAUACAUGAUGCCACCACCAUCUGCCGCGACGAAAGAGGACGAGCAAUUAUUGGAAACAUCCUUUAUAACUUUCUUUGUCGAGAAGUAUCUCAUCAACAUCUUGCUGUCGAACAUCAUGGAUGUCCCUAUUCAUUUAGGGGUUUCAAUCAAUGAAGCAUUUAAAGAAUUGAAUGACUGGAUGGAGAUUCGUAAUAAAGAAUGGACAAAUCGAUUAAGACAACAAGUCUGCGCGUUAGUCGUCCAACAGCCAGGAGAGGAAGAAGAAGCCAAUAUCAAAUCAGCAAAAGACAAAUUGCUUGAAAGAAUAGUAAACGUCCUGGGGCCUGUCUAUCCUACUUUAAAACAGGAUCCAAAGAAGAUCGAAAACUUGAUUACGAGAGCAUUAAAACUGAAUUUGGCUGUCAAAGGCCAAGAGAUCAAAAUUGAACGAUUGCCCAUUGAGGAAGGUGUGACUAAGUUCGAUCCGAAAACAAUGAAAGCAACUGCGAAAGGGAAGCCAAAUGGUAUUGUAUUUCUAUCCAUUACGCCGACAUUUAUCGCACGAGAUGAAUUAGAUGAUGAACAUGGAUUUACAGUACCCGGUAAAGUUUUUUGUAUUGAAGAAGAGCAGUCAGAACAGCCAUCCGAAACAGCAACAGAAACAAAUCCUUAAGAGACAUAAGAAGUUAUUUUUAUUUAUCCUAUAUAUCAUCAACAAUAUGCAUUUCAAUAUCCUCUUCUUCUAGGAUACCUUCAACUCUGAAUAAAUUAUCAUAUAUUUAUAUAUCAUACCCUUGAAGGGC